GGGAAGAAACCCAAGAUGCCCGACUUUCUGCCUUGGAGACUAAAAGAAACAAGGGCAACUCACCAAACAGUUUGACGACGGCUGGAGGCCAACAGAGUCCCUACAGGUGGUGCCCACGGUAAUGCACCGACAAUGAGUGGCUGUUUUCCAGUUUCUGGCCUCCGCUGCCUAUCUAGGGACGGCGGGAUGGCUGCGCAGGGCGCGCCGCGCUUCCUCCUGACCUUCGACUUCGACGAGACUAUCGUGGACGAAAACAGCGACGAUUCCAUUGUGCGCGCCGCGCCAGGCCAGCGGCUCCCGGAGAGCCUGCGAGCCACCUACCGCGAGGGCUUUUACAACGAGUACAUGCAGCGCGUCUUCAAGUACCUGGGCGAGCAGGGUGUGCGACCGCGGGACUUGCGUGCCAUCUACGAAGCCAUCCCUUUGUCGCCAGGCAUGGGCGACCUGCUGCAGUUUGUGGCUAAACAGGGCGCCUGCUUCGAGGUGAUUCUCAUCUCCGAUGCCAACACCUUUGGCGUGGAGAGCGCGCUGCGCGCCGCCGGCCACCACAGCCUGUUCCGCCGUAUCCUCAGCAACCCAUCGGGGCCGGAUGCGCGGGGACUGCUGGCUCUGCGGCCGUUCCACACACACAGCUCACCCCCAACGGAAAAGCCAGAGGGAACAAUCGCCUCCUGGUGGUGGUACGAGGUAGUGCACCGUCCGGCCCGGGUCCUGCCAGCCAAUAACCUCGCAGCGUGUGACGGUGUCUCCUUGCACCCCAGCCUCAUCUAUGCAGCAAGAGACCAGGGACUUUACCAAAGUCACCCUUGCGGGCUGGGCCCUCCACGCAUCCCCCUCCCCACCCCCAUGGAACAGAAAGCCAUGAUGUUUUUUUUAAGCAGAAUCAGCGAAACCCAAGCCCCUCCUUCCUCUGGUGUUUUACAACUAUAA